UGUAGACGCGUUUCGACGCAUUCGUUAUGUCACACUUUCACUCUCGAUUAUUCUGACAACUGCGAAAGAACGAUGGCGUUGAAAAGCAAAUAUGCGGACGUAUCAAUCCCCGAAACCUUAUCUUGGCCGGAUUUUGUGUUUAGAGACUUCGAGAAGUAUGGGAAUCAAACAUCUAUCAUAUGCGGCGCAACCAAACGCGAAUACACGUUUUCACAAGUAAGGGAUUUGAGCAGAAGAGUCGCCUCGGCUUUAAGCAAAAGAGGACUUCGCAAGGGAAAUGUGGUUGCCCUGUUUGCUCCGAACGUUCCUGAAUUUCCCAUUGUAUUCCUUGGAGCUCUUCAAAUUGGUGCGGUCGUGACCGGUGUCAAUCCAUUCUUCACAACCGAAGAACUGACCAAUCAGCUCGAAGCAGCUGACGCAGUAUGUAUCAUCACUGUUCACCAGUUGGAACAUCGGGCCAAAGAAGCCGCGAAGAAACUGGGUAUAGACCACAUGUUUGUUCUUGGGGAUGACGUUGAAGAUGAGUAUGACUUGGUUUCAAUCCUUUUCAAUGAUGACGGGUCGAGUUUGCCACACGUCACGUUUAACCCAAAAGAGGAUUUAGCAAUUCUUCCGUUUUCCAGUGGGACUAGCGGUCUUCCGAAAGGCGCCAUGGUAACACAUUAUAACUUGGUUGCUCUGGGCUGCAUUGCGACUGCACGUGGCUUUAUGGAUUUUAAACAAAUUACUACAGAGCAAAAGAAUUCUACUACUCUAGCUUUUGUUCCAUUUCACCGCCCUUUCGGCCUAAUAGCUGUUCUAUCUCUCAGUUUGCAACAAGGAAGUUGCUUAGUUUCAGUGCCAAGAUUCGAACAAAACAGAAUAUUUAAUCUUUUGCAGGAUUACAAGGUGACACUUCUCGUAACCGAGGCGUCAGUAGUGCAUCUCCUUUCCAUCCAUCCAGCAGUAAAUAACACCGAUUUGUCGUCACUAGCGGAGGUGAUAUCCAGGGCUGGUGAACGAGGAGAGAUUUGUGUCAAAGGUCCGACAAUGAUGAAAGGUUAUCUGAACGACCGAGACGCUUCACAACAAAUUAUUGACGGUGAAGGCUGGCUUCACACGGGAGAUUUGGGUUACUAUGACCAAGAUGAGCAUUUCUUCAUCGUGGACAAACUCAAGGAUUUGAUCAAGUUCAGAGGAGAUCAGGUGUCUCCUUCAGAGCUCGAAGUUCUCCUCAAGACCCACCCGGCCGUAUUUGACGCAGCUGUUAUUGGGUUCCCAGACCCUGAAGUUGGAGAAUUGCCCACAGCUUUCGUUGUGAGUAUGAACGAAGAAGAUUUGACUGAAAUGGAAGUUAUUCAAUACGUGGACGAGAAUGCAGCAACUCACAAAAAACUUCGAGGAGGUGUACUGUUUAUUAAUUCGAUUCCCAGAUCUGAGGAAGGAGAAAUCCUUCGAACAGAAUUAAGAGACAAAAUGAUUCAAGGAAAGUACAAACCAGUACAGAUGAGAAGAGGGUCGCUUUUUGGAACCGAGGAAAACAAAAGAUUUUCUAUAAUGAGAAACUCUUUACCGAUGACUAGGAAUUUACCACGAAACAAUGAAACAAUUCUGGAGGAAGAAUCCGAUCAAUUGCAAGUUCCAAGAUCAAAAAGCUGUGUUAUAUUAUGAAAGGAACUCGUGCCCUCUUACAUGAAUAACAGAUAAUGCUGAUGGUGUUAAUGCAUUGAUCAUGAAGGCUUCAUUUGGCCGCGGUUUCUUUUUCAGGAAUAAGGAAAAGCCUUUAAAUGUCAUUCAUUAGAUUAAAAUUUUUCCCUGAAGUUCACAGGUUCCCAUUUAUACUGCGACUGCUCUUUCUUUAAGGAUUUAGUCUGCUUAUCUUUGUUUGUUGUAAAUAUCUUGCCGUAUUUACAAGCUUCACGAAUGGCGAAGUGCCACUUGCCUUUCAUAUCGAGAAUGUUAAUUUAUAACAUUUUAAAAAGAAAAUAAUAUGCCUGAGGCAAAUUUGACAAAGCAUGUAAAAAGAGUUGUGUAGGUAAAAUUAAGCGAAGGAAAGUGUAAUAGUAAAAUAAAUCCUACAUUCUCCUU